AUGGAGAUGGUCCUCGCCGCCGCAGCAAACUGUACCGGUGCCUUAUCGUUCAACCACCCCAAAACGUUCCUCAAAUCGCAUCGAUCCUCGGUCCAAAUGCGGGACUGCAGAUCGGGCCCCGCCGCGCCGCUCGCCGUGUCGUCCGCCGCCGCGCCGGAGGUGCCGCGCCCGGUGCGCCUGGGCAUCAUGGGCUGCGGCUCCAUCGCGCGCAAGGUCGCGCGCUCAAUGCUGCUCGUCCCCGCCGCCGACGUGGCCGCCGUCGCCAGCCGCUCCGAGGGCAAGGCGCGCCUCUUCGCCGCCGACAACGGCCUCCGGAGCGGCACGCGCAUCCACGGCUCCUACGAGGCGCUCCUCGACGACCCGGACGUCGACGCCGUCUACAUGCCGCUCCCCACCAGCCUCCACGUCAAGUGGGCGACCGCCGCCGCCGAGCGGGGCAAGCACCUGCUCCUCGAGAAGCCCACCGCGCCCUGCGCCGCCGACCUCGAGCCCAUCCUCGCCGCCUGCGAGGCCAACGGCGUGCAGUUCAUGGACUCCACCAUGUGGAUGCACCACCCCCGCACUGCCAAGAUGCGUCAGCUCGUCGCCGAUCAGGACACCAUCGGAGACGUCAGAUUUAUAAACACCAUGGUCAGCUUUCUAGCAAACGAAGAUUUCCUCCAGAAUGACAUCAGGGUAAAGCCAGACCUUGAUGGCCUGGGUGUGCUUGGUGAUAUAGGGUGGUACUGCAUCCGUGGAAUCCUGUGGGCUGUUGACUAUGAGCUGCCCAAGAACGUGGUUGCUCUCCAUCACCCCGUCAAGAACCAAGCCGGUGUGCUCCUUGCUUGCGGUGCGUCGCUCUACUGGGCCGACGGCAAGGUCGCCACCUUCCACUGUUCUUUCCUUACCAACCUGACCAUGGACCUCACCGUCGUCGGCACAAAUGGUACUAUUCAUGUCACCGACUUGGUCAUCCCGUACGAAGAGAAGUCUGCUCCGUUCAGCGUCGACUCCAAGACGAACUUUGCCGAACUCUCUACCGGAUGGGAUCCACAUCCGAGCAAGCAUGUUGUCACCACGGACCUACCCCAGGAGGGGCUCAUGGUGCAGGAGUUCUGUAGGCUGGUGCAGGGCAUCAGAGAUGCCGGUGUCAAGCCUGAGGGGAAGUGGCCGGGCAUCACCCGAAAGACACAGAUUGUCGUGGAUGCAGUCAAGGCUUCUAUUGACAACGGAUUUGAGUCCGUCGAUGUUGCCAGCUAA